CGCUAGGAAGCUUAGAAGUAGAUCGAAGCGGGUUCGACGAAGAUUAUAAUACGACACCAUCCGCUGCCCUGGACAGGAACAUUCACCCAAGCGGAGCAAUCAGAAAGAGCCAUCUCAUACUCCCAGAGCUCGACGCUUCAUAAUGGGCUUCCAAUCUGGCGAUGUCGUCCGCCUCCGUGGCUCCACCGUGGUCUACAAGGUGGUCGCCGUGAACGGCUGCUUGGUCACAAUCCUCGUCUCCAACCCGCAGCCCGACGGGCAGUAUCUGCCAUUCAACUCGACAUCCCUGCAGACUGUGGACGAGUCCCGCCUGGAGAAGGCCGAUGAUGUCUCUUGAAGAUCCUAAGACUUGGGCUGGGAAUUUUGGGUGGAUUUCUGUUUUUUCGUUGAUAUCCUUGACGCUAGAGGGCGGGAUGCAAUCCAUGGAUUUUAUGGGAGCGCGGCGCUGGGAAACUCCGGGUCCGGCCUGGCAUUGAAAGGGCACUUCGCAGACUCCCUUCACCGGAGUCUCGCAACGCACCGACGCGUGGUGCUUCUUGGUUGGACGGUGGUUGGAGUGACACAGCAAUUCUCGGCUCCAACUCGGGCACUCCCGUUCCAUUACAGCACGAGGUUUCACCAAAGCACCUCCACGGCUGCAGCACCAUGCAAAGCUGUGGCGAUCAACUCGGACACUCAGUCAGGUUCACUGGUUGACGUUGACGAAGGGAG